UAAAAAUAGAUUGGCAGCAGAUUUGCUCAGAUAUCUCAACAAAUCCACGCUAUCAGCUGUCGGCCGUUGUCGUAUGUAUUGUCGCACGUUUCUGCAAGAGGUCUUCAUAAUCGCAUCCCUCCAUCGGCUCCAUGCCCAAUGCUCCAUCCCUCUUUCGACUUUCGAGUCUUUCGACCCCCACGCCCCCACCCCACAAUGGCCAACACCACGUUCGAGUUCGAGGACCAUCGACAUCGACUUGCGUCGAUUACCGUCGAUACGACAUACGACGAUACGACGUACCAGCGAUUUAGCGUCAGUCGUCACGUCACACGUCACACGUCAGUGUCGUCAGUUACGCCGCAUUUACGAUUUACGUUUUGGCAGUCGUCGGCGUCGGCUUGUCGCUCGACCGAGCGUAAUCUCUGUGACUCGUGUAUCUUGUGUUUGCCCGGUUCGCCCGGUUCUCUGGUUCUCUUUUCCGCUCGCUGACUUGGCCCACCGGCCACCCUCGACGGCCUCGACUUGCUCAUUCGCGAUUGUGCGCGUUCGCGAAUCGCGCGCGCGAAUAUCACGUGAUCAAUUGGUAAAUUUUGACGAUUAGAUUCGAGACGAUUCUUCCGUGCCCGCGUGUGCACGCGCUUAAAGGUGAGGGUGAGGGAAUAAUAACAAUAUCCGAAUUUG